GGUACUCAGAGCCUCUGUGGCUCUCCAAGGCACCACAAAAGCCUGUUUGUAGUGCACAAACUCCAACCCAAGCACCUGUUAAAAAAGAAAUUUACUGGACUACAUAUCCAAGAGCUAGAAGCAUAGAAGAAAGUGAGAUGAACUUGGAAGACCUGAGAGGCCUGGCAGUUACACCGUGGGCACCAUGUCGGAGCGCUUCGACUGCCACUACUGCCGCGACCCGCUGCAGGGGAAGAAGUACGUGCAGAAGGAGGGGCGGCACUGCUGCGUCAAGUGCUUCGACAAGUUCUGCGCCAACACCUGCAUCGAGUGCAAGAAACCCAUCGGGGCUGACUCCAAGGAGAUGCAUUUCAAGAACCGUUACUGGCACGACAACUGCUUCCGCUGCUUCAAGUGCUACACGUCCUUGGUCAAUGAGCCCUUCAUGCUAAGGGAGAACAACAAGGUCUGGUGUAGCAACUGCACUGCCACUGCGGAUGCCCCCAGGUGUAAGGGCUGCUUCAAGCCAAUCAUUGCAGGAGACCAAAAUGUUGAGUACAAGAAGAUGGUCUGGCAUAAGGACUGUUUCACCUGCAGCCAGUGCAAGCAAGUGAUUGGAUCUGGGAGCUUCUUCCCCAAGGGUGAUGACUUCUACUGCGUCUCCUGCCAUGAGAACAAGUUUGCCAAGACUUGUGCUAAAUGCAAGAAUCCCAUCACUUCUGGAGGCCUCACUUACCAGGAACAGCCUUGGCAUUCCGAGUGUUUCAUUUGCUCCAACUGCAACAAGCCACUGGGUGGGAAGCGCUUCACAGCUGUGGAGGAUCAGUUUUACUGUGUUGAAUGCUACAAGGAGUGUGUUGCCAAGAAGUGUGCUGGCUGCAAGAACCCCAUUACAGCAGGAUUUGGAAGAGGAACCAGUGUGGUUAACUACGAAGAUGAGUCCUGGCACGACUAUUGUUUCAAAUGCACAAAGUGUGCCCGUGGUCUGGCCAACAAGCGCUUUGUUUGCCAUAAUGGAAAAAUUUACUGUGCUGAGUGUCCCAAACGACUGUAAGGAGCAGACAGCAACUGCUGUCAAAUGGAUUUUAGAGCCCUGCUUUCCAAAACAGUCCUGGUAAAGGAGCAGGUUUUUGCAUGAUAACUUUUUCCAUUUUAGCAUAAAAACUAAAGUAGCUUCAAUAAUACUGGGUUUGACUUUUGAAGCUCCUGCAGUCCAGCAGCAUGUGGCACUGCAAGAAUCUAACAACUUUGUUUCCAAGUAACUCAAUGUAAAGGCUCGAAAUGCCCUUAGAUUUAGCAUUAGAUCCACGUACUACCACGUACUACAUAAUCAGUGUGUGGCUUACAUUCAAACAAAGCUAGUUUUAAACUUGUCUGGUAUAGGGUUAAGCUUGGCACCUAAAGGAAGGGGGUUUGACAAGGCAAGCGCCUCGGAAGCAGAGACGCAAAGAUGGCACCCGAGAUCAGAGAUCCAUUACUAUGCUUUGAAAAGCGCAGGUGGAGGACAGACAUCAAUCACAUCACUAAUAGCAGCUCAAAACCAAAUACCUUGGCUUACCCCACCCCACCAAACUGCAGCACAUGUAUGGAAUGGCUUCAUCUUAAAUAUAACAACCUCUCAGCAGUACAAUGUAGCUUUAGUUAAGUUUCCAUAAACUUUAGUCUUGAUUUCCGCAUGGUUUGCCCAAAAGUUUUGCUCAUCAGCUUUUUUUACAUCAUUGUUUAACCAAGGCUGUCUAUAUACAAUUAUUAAUCCAUUAACAAGAAGUAAAGCUUUCAACUACAAUGAAAUGCACAUGCAUUUAGAAGUGCCUUAAAAAUGGCUCAGACAAUGACAGCUCUCCUAUCCUGUCAGUGUAUGUUUUAUGAAUUAAUAAAAAGGAGACUAGUGCCUGC